AUGCGGUUGUUCCUCUUCCUACAGUCCUUGAUCUGGACAUUACAUGCAAAUCCGGUACUUAGCGCCUCAAGCCUCAAGCCUGAUAUUCGAGCAGACACUAAUCGUGAUGGUGUGGUUGAUAUCGAUGGCGAAUCCGACAUCGAAAGUAAAGCUACGUGGUCAGCAACUAGAGGGGCCAUCUUCCUCCCAAAUGUUGGGGAUAAGCACUCGAGAUGCCCCAACUCAGACCUCAACAACAUACCACUGAGCAAUGACGAGUUAGCGUUUUGUAGCGAUUCCUCAGGCCACCUGCUUCUUGCGCCUGAGUACAUAGCACCUUUGAGGACUGUACCUCUCGAGGAUGUCUCGGACGGCACGACAGCACACCUUUUCGCGACACCUCGAGCGGCGUACGAGAGAGUCCAAAUCUUCCUGCUCGUUGAUCCGACGAGGCCAAACUCAACAGACUCUUGGCACCUAGUCGAUAAACAAUAUAACUUUAACGCAACGCAACUCAGCGCCGGCCUUACCCUGGGAAUUGACAGCCGAGAGUCCGUCAAGGAGUCGGAGAUCUGGGAUGGUCAUGUAUCCAUCAACUUCGAUAUCUACGAGACACCUGGCUCUCAGGACUACAUCAGAGACACUGUGGCCCUCAAAGUGGCUCCAGUCCUGACGCGUCACCACCUACAAAAGGUUGAGACGCUGGUGUCAACUUGGGCAAAUGACACCAACCCCGUACAGCAGUACUUUGUGGAGCAGUUAGAUGCUGGUCGCGAGCUUGCGGGCAUCGAGAAUCCCUUGUGGCUAUUCAAUCAGUCCGGAGACAUCUGGGCUCAAGACAUUGUCGAACCAGCGUACGCAAGCAUGCCGGGUCCAGACGGUCCUAUCGCGAUACGCAUCAUGCUUCGCUCCGCACAGUCGACACGCACAGGCGGCAGAAAAAUCUUUGAGCAGAUGCGAGGACCAGGCUUCGGAGCUUUUCAGCCCAGAUCAGGUUUCGGCUAUCACACCAUGAACAGUUACGGUAACUUGGAAACUAUCCCGCCUCAUCGCUCGAAACGAGACGUUCUUUACAAAGCUGGCCGGAUCACCCAGGGCAAGCACUAUGAUAGCCUUCCCGCCCAGUCGGUUCGGGAUCUUAUUUUCAGCAACGGGGUCCAGUCAACUCUUUUCUUAGAGACGGGAUGGCUGCGUGUCGGCCACGUUGACGAAUUCAUCCAGUUUUUACCGUAUAAUAACGAUCUCGGCUUCACUAUCGCCAUCGCAGACACAGAUGUUUCGAUCGAACUCCUUCAAGAUGCUCAAGCUGCGGGGCAUGGGAGUGCGAGAGCAAUCAGCUUCGAUGCCACGCCUCAGAUGGAGCGCUUUCAGUUGGAUAACUUGCCCCCGAACCUAGACUUGACCAUCGACGACGUUCUUUCUAACGCGACCUUCAUGGAGAAAUGGAUCAACCACAACCUCGAAAUCCUUCUUUCUGAGAUUCCCUUGGACCGGAAGGACGUUAUUCACGUCCCGGGACUUUACCGCGAUAGGUCUCGAGGGGAUGUGUAUGUCAACCCGGACGGCUUGGACUAUUACUGGCCACCUGUGUUGAAGGGCGAAUAUCAGCUGGGCGAUUUUCUACCAGCUCCCAUCAACGGUAUCGUAAUCGGGAACUUAUACCCAGCUAGGACUCAAGGCCACCCUCGCUUGCGCUCCCGAACUAGCCCUGCCGCGGGCUAUCCUUCAUCAUCUCCUAGCAGCCCGAUCAGGCCAUGGAGACUUCGAACAAUACCACCAACGCUUUAA